AUGCUCUGGGACAACCAUGAUACCACCACUGCGAGAAUACAAAGCCCACAAGUCUGGCCACGAUCGCAUGACGACAAAACAGAGGUGCAUUGCCCGUUCGGUACAAAGCCUGUCUCAUCUUAUUGCCAAGCUAGCCACGCCUUGCAAGAUUUGUCUCCGAAGCUGUCUGGAGCUCAGCAGAGUAUCCACGGGGAUUUCGUCAGAGACAUGCAGCAAGCCCAAGAUAACUUAGCUGGAUUCCCGAGAGUAGAUCUGACUUCCAUGCCAAAUCAGCCAGUCCUAGAGGUCUCGGCGUCUGAAGCAUCAGGUGCUGUAGAUCAACAGAGGUCCCAAGGUGUUCCGUACGAACUGCGGAACAUUACCUUUGAAUUGGCCUUUGUUGGUAUUUGUUCAGCCAGCUUGAUGAUCUAUGCUUUCCUUCUAGGAGAUGUGACUGUCAACCAGGCCGAAUUUAGAAAAGCCUUGGCCAUUAACAAUAGCCAGCUUCCCUGGCUAAUAGGGUCAUACACCACCGCCAACGGUCUUGCACUGGUCGUUUCAGGAUCUAUCAUGGACCUCGCGCCACCCAAGCCUCUCAUGGUUGGCGCCUUCGCGUGGCUGAUGGUCUGGCACAUAAUUGGUUUCUUUUCCAUUACCCCUUCACGAAUGGUGCUAUUCUUUAUUGUGCGCGCUAUGCAAGGUCUGGCCAUUGGGGUUCUCGUGUCCGGGUCGAUGAGUCUUAUGGGAAGAAUUUACAAGCCAGGGCUUCGCAAAAAUCGGGUGUUUUCUGCGAUGGCAGCUACCUCUCCCUUUGGGUAUUGGCUAGGAGCCAUACAAGGGGGCGCAACGAAUGACCUCAGAUGGAUAUUUGGCUCAAAUGCCGUCAUUUGUGCUGUUUGUUGCGCUAUCGCCUUUGUUACUGUACCUCCGCUUCGACCUGUCGCCGACGCAGCUGGCAUUGAAGCUCCAAGCCUCCGCCAAUUUGAUUACUUGGGCGCCAGUGUAGCGAUCACCAGUUGCGUGCUGCUUCUGUUUGGUCUCACUCAAGGAUCAGUCACCAAAUGGGCGCCAUAUACAUACGCCCUGGUGAUAGUGGGAAUUGUCCUGCUGGUAACAUUCUUCAUAAUAGAAAGCAGAGUCCGACGGCCGCUGAUUCCGACAAGACUUUGGAGGACGAAAGGUUUCACGCCUCUGAUGCUAGCCUAUUUCCUGGGGUUUGGCUGUUACAGUGGCUCAUGGCAAUUCUACGCCGUGCAAUUUUGGCUUCGAAUCCAGCACGUCAGCCCUAUGACCGUAGCACUGUACCUGCUUCCUAACGCCAUUGUCGGGGCUCUUGCUACUUGGGUAGUUAGCCAGACAUUGCAUAUUUUUCCAGGACACUAUAUCUAUGUGGCGUCAAUGCUCGCUUAUGCCCUCGGACCUGUAUUCUUUCUGCCCCAAACCCCAGGGACCUCAUACUGGGCUCUCUCUAUGCCAGGAGUCGCGUUGGUGACUUUCGGGCCCGAUCUAGCAUUUGCAGCUGCUUCAAUUUUCAUUACGAGCAACGUCGCAAGAUCAUAUCAAGGAAGCGCUGGGAGUUUGCUAAUGAUGAUGCAAAACCUCUCAGCGGCCAUCAUGACUAGCAUCGCGGAGGCAAUCGGUACGAAGGUUGACAUAGGACCAAGCGGGGAUAUUGGACUCAUCGGCCUGCGUGCCAUCUGGUGGUUUGGUUUCUCAGGGGCAAUGUUGGCGGCUUUGAUUACUAUCAUUUGGGUCAGGAUUCCCAAAGAGGAGGAAAAGGAACAUGUCACCUAA